CACAAAUUUACAUAUAUGGAUAUGAGUGAUUUUUGGAGCUAAUGUGCAAAAUUUAUGAGUCCUCUAUGCUAUUGGAUAUCCAUAAAGCAAAUUACCUUAUCCAACUGUGUCCCUAUGGUACUCUCUUUCUCUCAAAUCUAUUCGAUUAUCUGAUUUUUCAGUGUCUACUCUAGACUGUCGCAACCCCUCUCUCUCUCUCUCUCUCUCUCUACGAUUGACAUUGAUUGUCAGCAUAUUUCCAGGCCUUAGUAUGGGAAAUAAACCUGUGAAGCAACAAGAAAGGGAAGAGAUACUAUUGAAAGUUGUGCCUCCUUUGGAUCAUGCAUAUGUUAGAUGGCUUGCUCGGGACAUCGAGAGAAUUCAUGGCUUUACUCCAAAAAACCCUUCUGCUGUGAAGCCACCAGAACAUUAUAUGGAAUACAUGCGCUUGAAUGGAUGGUUGGAUGUAAACUUGGAUGAUCCUGAUCUGGCCCAUUUAUUCAAGUAGGUGAUUAUCUACUUAGUUGAGAAUCUAAAAACAUGACCAAUGCUAGCUAUAGUUGGAUAGUAAGUACUGGUUGUUUAGGAUGUUGUUGAAUGGGGUUGAGAUAGACCUUAACUUAUAAGAAGGUUUUCUGAUGGUAUGAGCUUUUAAACAGCAUGUCAUAUGAUUCAUAUCUCAUUGUAUCUAAUUUGAAUUUCACUCGUACAGCAAAAUAUGUAAUAAAUGUCUCCCUUUUUUCUUUUC